GCGUUUCCGAGAAAAAAAAAAAUAAAAAUUAGCUGUUUUCUAGUGUAGCUUCGUGUGUCAGCAAUUGGUGAAAAGAAACUUCUGGCGCGCACUGCGACGUAGAUACAACACAUUUUUUGUGGCACUUUGACCAGUCUACGGAGACGCGAAAAGCGAAAGCACACGCAAGCGACGUUUUUUUUUUUUUGGGCUGCGUAUAAAACAGGAUCAGGACAGCCAUGUCGCAGUCGGACAAGAUGCAGGAUCAGAACCCUCAGUAUGAGAAUGAGAACGAGGAGUUGUCUUCGGACAUGGAGGAGCCAGCCGAUGCUGUGGAGCGUGAGGGCCAGCAGGAGAGCAGCCAGGAUGAAAGCUUCAAUGAUGACAGCAAUGGCAAUGGCAAUGAGCUCCAGGCGGGCGGGGACCAGCAGCAAGAGCAGGAGCAGCAGCAGCCCCAGGAAUCGUCCGGGGACGAGCAGAACAACCAUGGCAGCGAGGAGGCAGCAGGCCCUGCAGACCAACAACAGCAGCAGCAACAGGGUGGCAAUAACAACGCCGCCGCACCGCCGCAAGAGCAGGAGGAGCGCGUGAGCUCGACCAAUCUAAUAGUCAACUACUUACCACAGGAUAUGACGGACCGAGAGCUGUACGAGCUCUUUGCCAACUUCGGGGGCAUCAACACCUGCAAAAUCAUGCGCGACUUCAAGACUGGAUAUAGCUUCGGCUACGGCUUCGUCGACUACAGAACAGAGGCGGACACCGAAGAAGCUAUCGAUAAGCUGAACGGGCUAUAUGUGCGCAACAAGCGAUUGAAGGUCUCGUAUGCUCGCCCCGGCGGCCAGUCCAUCAAGGACACCAACCUGUAUGUCAUCAAUCUACCACGCAAUAUCGACGAUGAUAUGCUCACCAGAACCUUCUCGCCGUUUGGCCAAAUUGUCCAACGGAACAUCUUGCGGGACAAACUCACCGGACGUCCGCGCGGCGUUGCCUUUGUACGCUUCAGUAAGCGCGAAGAGGCACAGGAUGCACUGAACACGCUGAACAAUACGGUUCCACUGGGAUGCACACAGCCGAUUUGGGUGCGUCUGGCCGAGGAACAUGGCAAGGCAAAGGCUGCACAGUUCAUGUCGCAGAUUGGCGGGCCGAUUGGCGGUGGUGUAGGUGGCGGUGGGGGAAUGGCUGGCCCACUGCAUAUUGGACAUCAGCCGCACCACCAUCACCACCACAACAACAACAACCAGCACCACAACAACAACCAGCAUCAUCCACACAUGCAACAGCCGCACCAGCAACAGCUCCAGCAACACCAUCACCCACCGCAUCACCACCAGCACCAUCAGCAACAACACCAUCCCCACCAGCCGCAUAACCACAACCACAGCCACAGUCACCACAACCACCAUAAUAUGGCCCACCACCCGGCGGUGCACCAUAUGCAGCUGCACGGAGGAGUCCACGGCAUCAGCAUGGGGAUGGGGGGCAUGGGCGUGGGCGUAGGAAUGGGAGUGGGUGUGCAUAUGCAUGGUGGAGGUGGGGGCGGUGGAGGAGCGGGUGUCGGUGUCGGUGGUGGCGGUGGCGGCUACCAGCAUAUGGCGCAUAGAGGUAGAUCAAAUAGAACAACACGAUCUCAAAAACUGCAUCCAUAUAACAAUCAUGCACAGAAAUUUAUUUAAAACACAC